AUGAAGAUAAACAUUGCUUAUCCUACCAAUGCCAGCCAAAAGAGCUUUGAAAUCAAGACCAAGGAAGAGCAGAGGCUCUACGGCAAGAAAAUCAACGACCAGUUCGACGGUGCACUGAUUUCGCCGGAGCUUGCAGGCUCGGUCGUCCAGAUUGUUGGUGGGAACGACUACCAGGGAGUCCCAAUGACAGCGGCCCAGGCCACAACCAAGAGAAUAAGGCUGCUGCUUUCGAAGGGAGAUGUUGGAUACCGGUGCAGAAGACGUGGUGUUAGGCGAAGAAAGACGGUUCGGGGAUCGAUUGUUUCGAAUGAGAUACUUGUGCUGAAUGUCGUCCUUGUCAGGCCAGCAGAGGGCAAGACAGUCGAGGGGCUUACAGAUGUUGUAAAGGAGAAGACGCAUCUUCCAAGAAGAGACAGGAAGCUCAGGGCCAUGUUUGGGAUUCCAGAGGAGGAGGACACGGUCUCUUAUAUCCAUAGGAUUAUCAGGGAAAAUGACGAGAAUGCAGUGUUGCCCAAGAUAAAGAUCACAGGCGUUGUGUCUGAGGAGAGGAAGCAGAAGAUCGCAAAACGUAGAGCUGAGAAGGAGGCCAAGAAGAAGGCCCUGCUUGCAGAGAAAGCCGAGUAUGAGACGAAGUAUGGUAUUAAACUAUAA